UUAAAAUAUUAAACUUAGUUUUGAGGAUGUCUCCGCCGUGAAUGACGAAUUAAAUAUUCCAGAUAAAAUGUCAGGCGGAGUUUACGGCGGAGAUGAGGUCGGAGCUCUGGUUUUUGAUCCAGGACACUUCUCUCUCAGGGUUGGAUAUGCCGGAGAAGAUUGUCCCAAGUCUGAGAUCCCUGCCUGGGUUGGAACCAGCCCCGACCUGGAGACCAUUGACGAGAACACCAUGGAUACUGGGGCAGAGAUGAAGAAUAAGAAAAAGUAUCACAUCGACACUGUCGCACUGAACUAUCCCAAGAAAGACAUGGAUGUUGAAACUUACAUGAAGGACGGUAUGAUUGAGAACUGGGAUAUGUUCGAGAAGGUUCUGGAUUACUCUUACAAGAAGAUUAUCCAGUCGGAGUCGGAGUAUCAUCCCGUACUCUUCUCAGAAUCUGCCUGGAAUAAGAAGGAUCGUAGGGAGAAAAUCUGCGAAAUCAUGUUUGAAAAGUACAAUGUUCCCGCGUUUUUCCUUGUAAAAAACGCAGUUCUCGCGGCAUUUGCGAACGGUAGAUCUACCGGUCUCGUGGUAGAUUCCGGCGCAACGCACACAUCUGCUAUACCUGUACAUGACGGUUAUGUACUGCAGCACGCCAUUGUAAAAUCUCCCCUGGGCGCUGACUUCCUUACAAACCAGUGCCAGCAGUUCCUUCAGGAACAAAAGGUUGAGAUAAUCCCACCGUAUCAGAUAGCUGGUAAGAAAGAAGUAAAUGCCGGAGAAAAACCUAAAUGGGACAAGAGAGCAAAUCUACCUGAGGUGACGAAAUCUUGGUUGGAUUAUCAAUGUAGAGAAGUGGUACGAGACUUCCAGCAUUCUGUUCUACAGGCUCAUGACCAGAACUACAACGAGGAUGCUGUGAGCCUUAUCCCUCAUUUACCCUACGAGUUCCCUAACGGGUACAAUGACGAGUACGGGGCAGAGAGAUUCAAAAUACCUGAAGCUCUAUUCGAUCCAAGCGGCCUACGUGUGCCCGGUGGUGGAUCUAUGCUAGGAGCUGCUCAUGUUGUUACAACUAGUGUUGGUAUGUGUGAUGUAGACCUUAGACCUAGUCUAUACGGUAAUGUCGUCGUUACAGGAGGAAACACACUCCUUCAGGGAUAUAAUGACAGAUUGAAUCGUGAUUUAUCAAUGAAAACACCAAGUACAAUGCGAUUUAAAUUAAUCGCCGCCAAUGGUCCUCAAGAACGCAGAUAUGGCUCCUGGAUUGGUGGCUCCAUCCUUGCCUCCCUCGGCAGCUUCCAGCAGAUGUGGAUCUCCAAGCAGGAAUACGAGGAGGUCGGGAAACAGCAGGUUGACAGGAAAUGCCCCUAAUCUGAACCUGAAAAAAAACGGAAAAAUGGACUCCAAAUCUUCCGUGAAUUAAAGUGAAUCUAGAUGAAAAAUAUUCACUAGGACGAACGGUGGAAGCAAAUCUUCAUUAAAAUAUUUGUUUUGACAAAAUGAAUUCUCAGUACCUUAUGUUCAAACUUCUGUUAGGAAUAGAAUGCGAUAUCUAUUCUUUUGUGCUUGUAAUUGUGUAAUUUGUAAUUUGUGUUCUGUAUAAUUGUACUGUAUUGCAAUAAUGAACCCUUGAAGCACUGUUCUAAGACUCGUUGGCAUUUCUAUAUUUUUCAAUUAAAAUAAAUCCUUACGACGUC